AUGGAGGUUUACAAGGUUCUCGUCGUUAUCCUCGCAAUUUAUCUUCACCAUGGAAAUUGCCGGGCAUCUGCAUUAAACAAAAUCGUCCGUAGAAUUCAAGAUGGCGGAGUCCAGUCCAAGCUGGGUGCUGCCGCAUGGAGACAAAAGAGGUCCCCUGGUGACGAGCCCGGUUGUUACACUGGCACGUAUGCGUCACUCACUUUGCAAAGCAACAGAACAGUUACUGUUCCUGUUUGUAAGACAAUUACGUCUUACAAAACUGCAUGUUUCAGUUCGAUGGCAAACAACAACAACCAGAGGAAAUGUGUUCCGUCUCAGAUAGUCACAAUGGAAGGAAUGGCGUUUAACACAGCCUGUUCAUGUGCACCAUAG